GUUUGAUCCCUUGUCCGGGGGGGCACUACAAUUUCAGGCUGCAGUUGAUGUCCACGUAACGGCGCAAUGUGUCUUUAAAAGGCUGAACUGCAGGCGAGGGUUUCACUGUGCCUAAUUGUUUUCCUUGUCGUUACCUUACGCAGUACCACGGAGCAGACAGCCAAAGGGAGCAUCCUGCACCAUGGACGUCGUCACUAUACCAAAGCCGUGGACAUUAUUUCUAAAGGAAAAAAAGAUUGUUCUUGUAUGCAUUUUUCUCCUAAACCUUGCGUCCAAAAUGAAUGCCGAGGACAGUGGUAUGGAAGAACUUGCCACCGAGAAAGAGGCUGAGGAAAGUCAUCGGCAGGACAGCGUGAAUUUAUUGACAUUCAUUUUAUUGCUGACAUUAACUAUUUUAACCAUCUGGCUUUUCAAACAUAGAAGAGUCCGUUUUCUACAUGAAACUGGCCUGGCGAUGAUUUACGGCCUGUUGGUGGGGGUGAUCCUGCGCUACGGCAUCCCCUCCACCAGCUACCACCACAAGACGCCCCCCAGCUGCACCCUGAAGGAGGGGCCCGUCAGCACGCUGCUGCUUAACGUCAGCGGCAAGUUCUUCGAGUACACGCUCAAGGGCGAGAUCAACUCGCACGAGAUCCACAACGUGGAGCAGAAUGACAUGCUGCGCAAGGUAACCUUUGACCCGGAAGUAUUCUUCAACAUUCUUCUGCCUCCAAUCAUUUUCCAUGCUGGUUAUAGCCUUAAGAAGAGACAUUUCUUCAGAAAUUUGGGCUCCAUCAUAACUUAUGCAUUCCUUGGAACAGCCAUCUCAUGCUUCGUCAUUGGGAAUCUGAUGUACGGCGUGGUGAAGCUGAUGCAGGCCAUAGGUCAGCUGACUGAUAAGUUCUACUACACGGACUGCCUGUUCUUUGGAGCAGUCAUCUCCGCCACUGACCCAGUCACGGUGCUGGCCAUCUUUAAUGAGCUGCACGCUGAUGCGGACCUGUACGCCCUGCUGUUUGGUGAGAGCGUCAUGAACGAUGCGGUGGCCAUCGUCCUCUCCUCAUCUAUUGUGGCCUACCAGCCGAGUGGAGCCAACACACACACCUUUGAUGCAGCGGCUUUCUUUAAGUCCGUGGGCGUUUUCCUGGGAAUCUUCAGCGGUUCCUUUGCCAUGGGUGCCGUCACCGGAGUGGGAACAGCACUCGUCACCAAGUUCACCAAGCUGCACUGCUUCCCUCUGCUGGAGACGGCGCUCUUCUUCCUCAUGUCCUGGAGCACCUUCCUGCUGGCUGAAGCCUGUGGAUUCACAGGCGUGGUCGCGGUGCUCUUCUGCGGUAUCACCCAGGCCCACUACACCCACAACAACCUGUCAGAGGAGUCCACCAAACGCACCAAACAGCUUUUUGAGGUUCUGCACUUUUUGGCAGAGAACUUCAUUUUCUCCUAUAUGGGUCUGGCUCUGUUCACCUUCCAGAACCACGUCUUCAGCCCCAUCUUCAUUCUGGGGGCUUUUCUUGCCAUCUUCAUCGGUCGGGCCUGCAACAUCUACCCGCUGUCUUUCCUGCUCAACCUGGGCCGCCGCCACAAGAUCAGAGGAAACAUUCAGCACAUGAUGAUGUUCGCAGGUCUGCGAGGAGCAAUGGCUUUUGCGCUGGCCAUCCGGGACACUGCCACCUAUGCCCGCCAGAUGAUGUUCACCACCACCCUCCUCAUCGUCUUCUUCACCGUCUGGGUGUUUGGUGGCGGCACCACCCCUAUGCUCUCCUGGCUCCACAUUAGAGUCGGAGAUCAGCGGGAGGAGCUGUGGAAACCGGAGCAACAGUGGCGGUACCACAGGGUUGGGGUGGAUCCUGACCAGGAUCUUCAGCAGUGUGGAGACAGCUUCCAAGUCCUCCAGGAUGGCGCUCAGGGUGAAGGACAGAGUAAGACGAAGCAGGAGAGUGCCUGGCUCUUCCGCCUGUGGUACACCUUUGAUCACAACUACCUGAAGCCCAUCCUGACUCACAGCGGACCCCCUCUCACCACCACCCUGCCCGCCUGUUGUGGUCCACUGGCCCGCUGCCUUACCAGCCCUCAGGCCUAUGAGAACCAGGAGCAGAUCCCCGACAAUGACUCGGACCUCAUCCUGAAUGAUGGCGACCUGACACUCUCGUAUGGCGACACGUCCAUCACCGCCAACGGGGCCUCAGGUGUCGGGGGAGCGGACGGGACCUCCAGGGCAGCAGGGGGCGCCCCGCGCUGGAGCUUGAAUGGCAGGCGCAGUGGUAGCACGUCGGAGGAGGCCCUGGAGCGCGAGCUGGACACCCGCGAUCAGGACCUGAUCAGCCGCGGCACGCGCCUCGUCUUCCCCAUAGAGGACCACGCCUGAGACGCACCCCCAGCGCAGCCCUAACAGCCGACCCCCCCCCCCCCCCCCCCAUACCCGAAAGACUGACAGAACAAACCCCUCCCCCCCAUGAUGCUUCCCCCCCUUCACUCAUUGCACCCAAUGAGACAGAGGGAGAGAAUGAAAGGUGAAAGAGAAAUAUUGAGAGAGAGAGAAAGAGAGAAAGAAAGGAAAAUAGAUGAGGGGGUGGGUUUAGCCGUGAAGCCUCUGUCUUGAAGAGAUUCAGUAUCAUUCCAUUGUCAUGAUUGCAGUGGAUGGGUGGAGAAGCAUAGUGAAGGACCCUGGAGGACUCAGCUGGUCUACUCCAUGAAGAACUGAACUGACUCUGACAUAACAUUACAUACUGUGAAACUGUACUAGAUUUCUUCUGUCUGAAUGUGGCAAGUGUAGGAUUGGGAAAGUCCCUUCUUCGGCAGUCGUGCCAGGGAGCAGUCUUCCCCCCCCCCCCCCCCCCCCCGGAGAUGUGGAAACCCUGACUCUGGUCAUAUACUGCUGUUUGUCCGCGUGUAACUCCACGACUGGCCGAGCUCGCGCUGGGGAAUCGAGGCCCGUCCCUCAUCAUCACUGACUUCCUGUUUGUUGCGAUCUCAUCUCAGUGCGUAUCCAUGGGUCAGUCAUCGUGCACGUGGAGCCGUGGCACUGCUACAGAACCCCCCUGAGUGGCUGCGUGAAGACACACACACACACACACACACACACACACACACACACACACAUUCUAGUCCUGCCAUACCACCCACCUCCAAACACAGCAGACUGGAGCCUUGUUCAGUCACAUAUGCCAUCAUGCGUUACAGCCACAAAAUAUUGUUAAUAUCUACAGAGACUCUUUCCUCUUUAUGUUUUGCUUUGUUUGUUUGUUUGUUUUUUUAUUAUUAUGAUGUAUUUCUCCAGUCCCUAUGGGAACAUCAGCCAUCCAAGAGAGUCCAUGUGUGCAGUGAAAGGAAUUCUGUUUACAUUCGUCAACCCUGUGGACUGCCCGUACCUAAUCAAUCAUGCGUAGUGCUGUAUUGUUCUUGACUGUGUGCUGUUGACAGAUGUGGUUGCUGGCACAGUGUAUGCUCACACGACGUCCUGACCUACCAUUUCCGUCCGGAUCAGUGGGUAUGUUCUCCUAAGGGGGGCGGUGGUUGCUCCGAAAGUGUCGUCAGUGAAUCAUCGUGUUCCUGUUUUCCUAAGCGGUGACUUGGUCCAGCUAGCGGCUGUUCCAUGUGUGGAUGUAGAGGGAAAUGAUGUCGCUCUGAUGCAACUUCCUGCAAACGCUGUACCCAUGGGACAAAGUUAAUGGCCAAUGCAAAUGCUCCUACCUGCAAUCUGAUGAGCAUUAUUAUUAGUCAGGCAUGUUCAGCAUGCAGCUUUAGAGUAGCCUAGUGCAAACGAUGGCUGCAUUCAAGAAAAGGAAAAAUAGCCUUGAAUUUCCUCCAGUUCACCCAGUAAUAGGCAUUACUUCGUUAGUCUUUUCACAGUCUUCACUUUUUGCAUCGUUGACAUUGUAAAAGGCUUUAACCUUGUAUAGUUUUGUUUUAUUAGUCCCAGACCCUAUACUGGUAAUCUGAAGUAUUUCAAUAUGUUUGUGUGCAGAGAAUCGUCAGAACCUUAACCCAAUGAUUUUUUUCUUUUGAAGAACUUCUUGUGUUACUUUCUCCCCCCCCCUCAUUCUUUUUGUAUUAUUAUGAUUAUGAUUACUAUUAUUAUUAUUAUUUUAAAGCCAGAGAGAGAACACACAUGGUCCACGCAGUUGUAUUCCAGUCAUUGGCUUUCCUCCAACAAUUGUAAAUAAGAGCGGUUGGCUCCCGGGCUGCUGUGUUUGGGGGCCCAGUGGGGCUCCCUGCAGCUGUCUGGGCUCCGUGGCACAGCAAGGGGAAGCUCCUCAAGCACUUUAACUGCAGUUGAGCUGCAGUCCAAACGCGAGGGAAGGGUCCGGGGCACAGGGGCGUUAAUGCGAUGUUAUGCAUAUGGGCCGCUAAUCCCAUCUGCUGAUAAUGUAAUGAUAGUAACUCUUAAUAGCUCGGGUGCUGAGCAAAUCUCAUUGUUGGAAGUUGGUGACCUUUGUGCCAACUCGUUGUUAGCACCAUGUGAGUGUGUGUGCGCCCGUAUUUCUGUGUGUCUCUGUGUGUGUGUGUGUGUGUGAGUGUGUGAGUGUGUGUGUGUGUGUGUGUUUUCUCUCCGUGCAAUGUACAGAAUGUUAGCAUUGGUGGGUGGGGGACAAGUACUUUGCAUAUAAGCAUGAACCCCACUAGAAGAUGAAGGCCAAUGGGAACUCAAUUCAUUCGGGGUCAUGGCCAAUCUGAUAUCUACAAGAUGAAGACCAGAGAUUGGGGGGUGGGGGACAGCUCUGCACAAGUGAGAGCAAUUUCUGUGUGGGAACAGGUCAGGUUAUAUUACCCUCCCUUGGAACCACAUCUUGGGUUCAGACCGCUUGGAGAGGGAGAAGGAAGGACAAAAA